AUGAAUGCUUCACUCAGUACAGACGAGAAUGAUUCAAUACUGACAGAAAGCAUUGAAAGCGAGUUACUCGAAAGUACUGGAAACCAAUUGAGUUUCUGGGAUAAUUUUCUGUCUGCCCUUAGUUCUGGUUGGAUAUUAAGACCAAAAAGUCUGACCCUAACUUCACAUCCGGUUCAGGCAGAAUUUUGGGUUAAAAGAUCAAAAUGCCUUGGAGAUGAAUCAGAGAGAGAAACCUGCUCCCUCAUGAUAGCCUCAAUGUGCAAAAAAGAUUUGGAAAUUCAAAAGCAUGUAGUCAAGCGAGUUAGAUUUCCGCUAAAUUUUACUGAAAAGCAGGAAAGAGAGGCAUUAAACACUUUCAGUUGGGAACGAGGGUUGUACAACUCAAUUAUAAAUUUGUUCUCAAGAAAGAAUCCCGAAAAGGUUUGCUACAAAACAAUAUGCAGCCAACUCCUAACUCCUCAAGCCAAACAACAGGGUAAAUGGUACAUUAGCCAUUACAAAGACGUGGUUGAAUGUACUAUUCAUACAUUUUUAAGAGAUUUUAAAAGGUUGAACAAGAAUAGUGAUAAGCGAACUGUGUUACCGAUGCUUUUGAACAAAAAGGCGUCUUUUUCCCAGCUACUAAUUCCUGCUUCCAUGUGGUCAAAAACAAAUUCAUUGCUUGGUACUUUGAUAGACUUUGAUAAGUUUCUUUUAUCACAUCCACGUGUCUCAAAUAAGCUAGAGAACGACUUCCUUUUUGUUCUUGAUGGGCCUCAUCAAUUUUAUAUUGAAAUACCUUUCACACGUGAUUCACUUGAACCAAAAGAAGCUGCAGCUGGACAUUUUGCGUUUAUAGUCCCAGAACCAUCAGAAUUUAUUACAUGCAUUGAUUCCGAAGGCUAUACUUCUGUUAUUGGUGGAAAUAUGCUCAAGGAAAUAACUGUACUUCAAACCAGACUAAAAGCCAUGAAACCGAAAAACGAAAAUGGUGAACCAGAUGAGCAAUUUCAGAUUCUCUCCAAAUUAGUUUCAACUAUAUCAAAUAGUUUUAACAAAAAGGUUACACGUUUCUUAUGUGAACGUUUUGAUUACAUUUUCAUCCCCACAAUAUCCACGACAUGCCCUCCGGAUACAGUUCGUACUAAUAUUUUAUCCAAUUCAUUGUAUAUGAAACUUGCUGAUAAUCUUCACCAUGAAGCAGAUACAUUUAAUAGGCAAACCAUUAUCAAAAUUCAUAAAUAUGGCAGCGUGGAAAAUAUUUGCAGUAGUUGCGGAAUAAAGGGGAAAGCAAUCACAGAAUUUGGUUUAUUCUGUUGCUCUCGUUGCGGCCUUCGAAGUGAUUCAAGUGAGAAUCAAGCUAAAACCGCAAUGUUGAUGUAUCUAAAGUCGUAUGUUAAAAAAAUGGUAAGAGAUUCAAUUACACAAUAA